UGGACGUUUCCUCUCCGACCCGCCGGCGCUAACCCUGCAGUGACCACAGCACAGCCCGUCCGAGAGGUCCCCACAUUUCAAGAGAAGACGAAAGCCUUACUUGGAAAUCUUAUGGACGAAGAAAUGAGUCGCCAGACUGCCACCGCGCUGCCCACCGGAACCUCCAAGUGCCCCCCCUCCCAGCGCGUGCCCACCCUGUCGGGCACCACAGCCUCCAACAGUGACCUGGCCAGUCUGUUCGAGUGCCCUGUGUGCUUCGACUAUGUCCUCCCCCCCAUCCUGCAGUGUCAGUCCGGGCACCUGGUGUGUUCCAACUGCCGGCCCAAGCUCACCUGCUGCCCGACCUGCCGGGGGCCCCUGGGCUCCAUCAGGAACCUGGCCAUGGAGAAGGUGGCCAACUCGGUGCUCUUCCCCUGCAAGUACGCCUCGUCGGGCUGCGAGGUCACGCUGCCGCACACCGACAAGACGGAGCACGAGGAGCUGUGCGAGUUCCGGCCGUACUCCUGCCCCUGCCCCGGCGCCUCCUGCAAGUGGCAGGGCUCCCUGGACGCCGUCAUGCCUCACCUGAUGCACCAGCACAAGUCCAUCACCACACUGCAGGGCGAGGACAUUGUGUUCCUGGCCACGGACAUCAACCUCCCGGGCGCCGUGGACUGGGUGAUGAUGCAGUCGUGCUUCGGCUUCCACUUCAUGCUGGUGCUGGAGAAGCAGGAGAAGUACGACGGCCACCAGCAGUUCUUCGCCAUCGUGCAGCUCAUCGGCACGCGCAAGCAGGCGGAGAACUUCGCCUACCGGCUGGAGCUCAACGGCCACCGGCGCCGCCUGACCUGGGAGGCCACGCCGCGCUCCAUCCACGAGGGCAUCGCCACGGCCAUCAUGAACAGCGACUGCCUGGUGUUCGACACGUCCAUCGCGCAGCUGUUCGCUGAGAACGGCAACCUGGGCAUCAACGUCACCAUCUCCAUGUGCUAGGAACCUUUUUUUUGAAGAGCAGAGGGUCAAACAGUUACAGAUUGUCGGGGGGGGGGGCAUUUUUUAGGGGGUCAAAUAAGUUGUGACC